UGUACAACAUGCUAACUCUCCAUCACUAGUCUUUUGGAAUUUGCCACUUUUCGGUUCUCACACACGCUACUCGGAGACGCAACGAUGCAGAGCCCUUCUCUUAUCUGUUCUCGAAACUCUCGCUGUCCAUCACUUUCUCUCUCUACCUCGCAGCGAUUCACAGUACCCUUUCGAAAUCGAUGCAUUGAUGCGGUGGUAGCACCCUCAUGUCUUCGUCGAUUACCCUUGAAUUGUUCUCAAAUUCACCUAAGUAACCUCACUCCCUUGCACAGUACUGCUACGCAAGAGAGCAUUGAAACCAGUAAGGGUGAACCAGGAUUUGUUGAAAUUGGGUACAUAUGCAGUGUUCAUGGACUUCAAGGAGAGGUUCGGGUUAAGCCCAAUACUGACUUUCCGGAAUUACGAUUUUCCAAGCCAGGGAGAAGACGGUUGAGACAAGAAGUUUCAGGGAGAGAAACAAUUCAAGAACUUGAGCUAUUGGAGGGAAGAGGGCACCCAGGACAGAAAGGUUGGAUUGUUAAAUUCAGUGAAAUUGACACGGUAGAACAGGCUCAGCAACUUAUUGGUUCAACAAUAGUUGUUACUGAAGAAGAUAAACCUGAAUUGGAGGAAGGCGAGUAUUACUCUCGCGAUCUUGUUGGCAUGAGAGUUAGCCUUAAGGAAUCUGGUGAGCCAGUGGGUACUGUGGUUAAUGUUUUCAAUAGUGGAGCAAGUGAUCUUCUCUAUGUCAUGCUCAAUUCGUCCACAGCUGGAAGACCAAAGUCAGAAGCAGGUGCUUCUGGUCCCUUUGUGUGGAUCCCAUUUGUUGAAGCAAUUGUUCCAAAUGUUGACAUGAAUAAAAGAGAAAUGCUCAUUACACCUCCAAAGGGGCUCCUUGAGUUAAAUAUACGCUCUGACGAAAGGUCCAAGAAAGAAAGGCGUCAGCUUGAAUGGAAAGAAAGGAAAAAGUUUCAACAACGCCUUAUAGCAGCAAAAAAGAAAUUGUGUGAAUUGGAGCAAAAGCAUGUUUUUCAUGGGUUUAGAUACGGAGAAAAAGCCCAAAGGAGCUUACUUGCUGAUCAGAUUGUUGGUGUAAAUUCCAAAUUGCUUCAACAGGCAUUGCAAAAUAUUGAGAUACCAUCUAAGAGAUGGACUUUAGAUGAGUUUAUCGAAGGUAAUCUAGCCAAACAUGUGAGAAGUGCUUUGAAAAUAUCAGAUGAAUGCCUUUCUAAUUCUGGAUGUGGAGAGAAGUCAAAUGCAAGUUCAAAGUUGCAAGAAAAGGGUCACCUGCUCACGUCUGAAGGCAAGGUUGCCAUUGUCUUAUACAUGAAUGACUUCCAAAGGCAGGAAAGUGGCUUUGCAACUGAUCUUGUCGACAAAGCUGAAGACUCUUCCUGCCUGCUAGUAGAGGCAUUUUUUCAUGACAAUCUGAGGUUUGUAAAGAUAGAAGACCGUGCUUCUAUACCUCUGAUUUUGGUUUGCCCUGCUCAUGAGAUCCACUUUCUCCGAAACAUAUUUGCAAGUCAUAACCACUUUGCAUUUGACUCCAAGAAGGUCUGGUUCUUGGAAGAAGAGAAGCUGCCUGUUGUUAGCAAUUCACUAGAAGAACAAAACAGCCAUAAGAUUUUGAUGAAGUCUCCGUGGGAAAUACUUCAAACACCAGUUGGUUCUGGAGGAAUUAUUAGCUUACUUUCAUCAGACAACAUUCUACAGAAUCUCAGUGAAAUGGGCGUGGAGUAUAUUGAGGUUUGCAGCGUCAAUCUAAGAAAUGUUGGUGGAUAUACUUUACUUGGGCUAGUGAGUACAUGUGAAGCAAAUAUCGGAUUCCAAAUCCUCGACAUCAUGAACUAUCUUGAGGACAAUUUUGACAUGGUAUUCUCCAUGAAAUUUAUGAAGCAUUUGACCAAGCAGAUAAAUAAAAUCGAGUUUCAUGCAAUCCCUAAGCCAUACCCACAUGUCGAGAAGGUUGAUAAAGAAUGGAUCGACAUUGUCCCCUCCUCUCCGAACUCUUACGAGCUUUGCUGUUCGAUUUAUAGUUCUUUGAAUGUUUGUCCUUCUGAUAAAGUUUGUCUCAUGGAGGUAACUGGUUAAUAUAUAGAUCAAUAUAAUGUAUGCCUUUUCACUCCUCACCAAUAGUAUACAUGAAGUCUUCUUUUUAAUGGUUAAUAUUUGUUAUAAUUUUCCCUUUUGUUCCUCCACUUUUCUCAUUUUAUUUGAGCUGGUGUAUUAUGUAUACUUUUGUAUUUGCUUUUAACUAGAAUAUAGUAGAUUUUGUUUA